AUGUCCGAGCACCAGCGAGCCAGCAACGAGGAGCUCAAAUUGGAGAAUGAGAGGCUACGCAUUGAAAAUGCCAAAUUGAAGGCGGAAUUGGCAGUACACGAAGAACCUGCAUCAAAUGCUCUCAAUUCAGGCCCAGCCCCGACCCAGAGGGAGAUGACCAGGACUCAGCUAAGGAGAGAAGUAGCCGCCCUUAAGGAGAAGAUUCGAGACCAUGAGGUGCAGAACGAGGCCUCCCUUCUGCAUACCAAACGCAUCCAAUCUGAGCUGGAUGAAACUCGCAAAGCAUUCAGCUUAAAGUUCGACAUUGAGGCCCUGCAGAGGGACAAGAAAGGGCUCGAAAAAUCCGUCACUAGCCUUACCAGUCAGAUUGAGCAACUCCAGGCGCAGAAAGACCUAGCCAGCGAAGAGGAGUACGAGAGCCUCCUGGAAAAGCACGAGCGCGUCGCUAAAGAGCUCUACCUAACAGCACACUUCACCGUCCAUGACCUCAAGGAAGAGAACGAGGACUUGAAGGCAGAGCUCGACAUGCACAACGAAAUUCUCGGCCUUACCGAGGAGGACCGGAACUUUGGUGAGCGUACAUUGGGCCAAAAAGGAAGCCAGAUACCUGCGCAGUUCAUCGGUACCAGCUACGUGGGGACAAAGCGCAAAGUUGAAGAGGAAAUGUACGCCACCGACCAACUCGGAAACAAGAGGCUCCGCACUACUGACUCGAUGGUAUUCGAGGGCCUUUCGGAUAAAAACUUGGAUGGCGUUUGCUGUUUUGUUUCAACUGCCCAAAAUGAGGUGCUACGCGUGGCAGCAAAGGGUGGUUUGAUCAACCACCUUCAUUUUAACAUCACGCCGCGGGGUAUUUUGGGCAUCACUCCCCUCGGGAUGGAGAGGAUUGACCUCUUCCAUCGGUUCAAAUCGGAGCCCAAAUUGCUUGCGGAUUGGAAAUCAACUCGAGGGGCGCAGUUUUCAAAGGAAGUCCGCCAAAUUAUCAAUGAGAGUGGUUUCCAAGACCAUAGCCACCCCUCCCUCUACUACCUUGUCAAGCAACUUGAGGAUGGCAGGGACUUAUCUGUGGAGGUUCUUCGUGAACAUUUGAUGGCUAUGGAAUCCUACACCAAGGAUGAUGUCAAGAAGCUUAGAGCCUAUAUCAAGGAAUUAAAUAGGCCCUUGCGAACGAAUUCGAUUGAUAAACGAGAGCUGCUGGCAGUUUUGCGCCGCCUCUCCCGCUCGCCGGUCGAUGAGGGCGUCAGGCAGUAUGUCAAGAUGAUCGAGGCCGAUGAGGGCCUUCUCAUAGCCUUCGUCUUCAUUGGUGAGCUGGAGAAGAUGGUCAACGGAUACCGUGCGCUGUACGCAACAAGUGCCAAGAUUGA